AUGUCAGUUGAAAGGAUAAAACAGUUCACAAAUAUCUCAUUUGAACCAGCAUGGAAUAUGAAGGAUCAUCUUCCUCCUUCAAAUUGGCCAGUUGAAGACAAUGUAGAUAUCAAAGACUUGCAGGUCAGAUAUCGUCCAAACACUCCUCUGGUUCUUAAAGGCAUUACUUUAAGCAUUAGCGGAGGAGAAAAGGAGCCCGUCCUUUUUGAAGGAACUGUCAGAAGCAACAUUGAUCCAAUUGAACAGUACAUAGAUGAAGAAAUAAGGAAGAGCUUGGAACGGUGUCAAUUAAAAGAGGUUGUUGCUGCCAAGCCUGAAAAACUUGACUCUUUAGUGGCAGAUAAUGGAGAGAACUGGAGUGUGGGGGCAGAGACAGUUGCUUUGUCUAGGAGGGUUAUACUCAAGUGA